AUGUCGUUGUACGCCCCCACCUUGCUUCGUGCUUCCCGCACCGCCGUACCGAGUGUACGCCCUCCGAAUGCACAUGCGUAUGCUCGCACCUUUGUAUCGCGUGUGCGUGUGCCGCGUACUGGCUCGUUUGCGUCGAAGGCCGGCGCUCGUCCCUUGACCACCUCUGCGUCGGUGGGCUUCUCCCUCUUUGGCCUGUUCUCGUUCAAACCCGUGACGGACUUGCUGGGCACGAGCGAGAGCAGCUCGAUUGUGCGUGAGGCCUCGCCCGCUGCGAUGACCAAACAGCCAUACACCCUCGUUUUUCUCAGCUCAAGUGAAUGGAGUGGCUCGCGUAGCGCCUGGCAGUCGUGGAUUAUGUACUUCCGCGAACAGGGCUAUGACUGUAUCGAUAUGAACGUCGAGGCGCCCAAAGAGGCGGCCGAAGGCAAGACCAAGGAAGAAUUGCUUGCUGAACAAAUCACGUCGCAAGUGCGUCUCAGCUCGCUGCAGCGCCAGCCUGUGCUGUUUGUGCGCGACAACGCCGACAAGACGCUUCCUGCGUACGUAGGUCAUGGCGGCCUGUUCAACAACACGCGUGGCCCCAUGUCUGGUCUGAUCGUGCUGCACCCCACGGACAAGGAGGCGGUCGCGAAAGGCGAUUGGCCCUCCGGCACGCCUGUCCUGAUCAUUCCUGCUUCGGAGAAGGAGGCGGAGGCGUGGCAAGGUGCUGUGCCUACACGCAAUGCCAAGGUCCUUGGUGAUGCCUGGUCCGAGAAGGAAGGCCUCAUCAAGGAAGUGGAAAACUGGAUGCGUUACCAGGGCUUGUAA